UACAUGGAUAUCGAGAAGUACACCAGAGCUAAUCAGAUCGAUGACCCUUCAGAAGACUGUCACGCUGAACCUCACUUGUACCUUAUGAUGGAUUAUCACAUCUAUGAAGUCCUCUGUACCCAGCUAUUGAAUAUUGUGGCUCCAUCCUGCAAGAUAGACCGGAGAAAUUAUAUCAGGGAGUGCCAACUGGACAUGUCUCAGUGCAUGAGGCAUGAGGACAGGAACUGUGCAUGCGCCACCCUCUCUCAGUUCUCACGCCAGUGUUCCAGGGCAUUGCAGCCAGUGACUAACUGGAGGAACAGCUCAUUUUGCCCACUUGCAGACUGUCCAGCGAACCAGGUUUACCAGGAAUGUGGGUCUCCCUGCUUAUCCACUUGCUUAAAUCCACAAUUCACCUGUGACAAUUAUUGCAAACCUGGCUGCUUCUGCCCAGAAGGUGAGCAGUAA